AUGCUGCCCGGGGCCCGAGCGCUGCGGGCGGCGGGGCUGCUCCGCCCGCCCGGGGCCGCUCCCCGCAGCGGGGCUGCCCGCAGGGUGCGCUGCGGGCCAGCACAGCGGCCGGCGUGGCGCGGCUUCGCUCUGCCCGCGGGGCCCGAUCUGCGGCACUUCCUGAGGGCAGCUGCCGCGGGGCAGCCGGGGCCGUCGCCAGAGCUGCCGCCUGAUCCGGGCUCUAUCCCCGGUGCCCCGAAAGUGUACCUGGAGACCUACGGCUGCCAGAUGAAUGUCAGCGACACCGAGAUCGUCUGGGCCAUCCUGCAGAAGAAUGGCUAUGCCAGGACAAAGGAGCUGAGUGAGGCAGAUGUGGUUCUUCUUGUCACCUGUUCUGUGAGGGAGAAGGCAGAGCAGGCCAUCUGGAACCGUCUGCAGCACCUCAAGGCGCUGAAGGCCCGGCGGCCCCAGGCUCGAGCUCCGCUCCGCGUCGGGAUCCUGGGAUGCAUGGCUGAGAGGCUUAAGGAGGAGAUUCUGCACAGGGAGAAGCUGGUCGAUGUCGUGGCAGGCCCUGAUGCUUACCGUGAUCUUCCCCGGCUGCUGGCAGUGGCAGAGUCUGGCCAGCAAGCUGCCAACGUCCUGCUGUCCCUGGAUGAGACCUAUGCUGACAUUCUGCCUGUCCAGACUAGUGCAGGUGGCACAACAGCAUUUGUGUCCAUCAUGCGGGGCUGUGACAACAUGUGCAGUUACUGCAUCGUGCCCUUCACCCGAGGCCGGGAAAGGAGCCGCCCCAUCGCCUCCAUCCUGCAGGAAGUGAGGAUGCUCUCGGAUCAGGGAGUGAAAGAAGUGACCCUCUUGGGUCAGAAUGUCAACAGCUUUCGAGACCUGUCUGAGGUGCAGUUUCAGUCAGUGGCUGCCCCAGCCCUCAGCCGUGGCUUUAGCACAGUCUACAAAGCCAAAGCAGGAGGUUUGCGCUUCUCACACCUGCUGGACCAGGUCUCUAGGAUUGAUCCAGAAAUGAGGAUCCGUUUCACCUCUCCACACCCCAAGGAUUUUCCCGAUGAGGUCCUGCAGCUCAUCCAGGAGCGACACAACAUCUGCAAACAGCUGCACCUCCCAGCCCAGAGUGGGAGCACCCGAGUCCUGGAGGCCAUGCGGCGAGGAUACACAAGAGAAGCAUAUUUAGAGCUCGUGCACCAUGUGCGUGACUCUAUUCCAGGAGUGAGCCUGAGCAGUGAUUUCAUCGCUGGGUUCUGUGGAGAGACAGAGGAGGAUCACCUGCAGACAGUGUCCUUGCUGCGGGAAGUCCGCUACAAUGUUGGUUUCCUGUUUGCCUACAGCAUGAGACAGAAGACACGGGCACAUCACCGGCUGCAGGACGAUGUCCCCGCGGAUGUGAAGAAGCGGCGGCUGGAGCAGCUCAUUGCCACCUUCAGGGAGGAGGCUGUGAGGGCCAACACAGCACUGGUGGGACAGGUCCAGCUGGUGCUGGUGGAAGGGCCCAGCAAACGCUCUGCCUCGGAGCUGUGUGGGAGGAACGACGGCAACAUCAAGGUGAUCUUCCCCGACGCCGAGCUGGAGGAUGCUGCUGAGCCCGGGGCUCCAGGCAGGGCCCAGCCCGGGGACUAUGUGAUGGUGAAGGUAACCUCUGCCAGCUCGCAGACCCUGCGGGGAGCUCCGCUCUAUCGGACCACCCUGUCCCGUGCUGCUGCUUCUCACUGAGGGAUCCCUGCUGCCCCUGGGUGGAAGCAGCACAUGUUCUCCAUGAAGAAACAAGGAAGUGUGGUCAGUCAGAGAGAUAUGGUAGAACCAGGAAGAUAUAUAUGUAUAUUAAAAUUUAUUUAUGGAAUAAUAAAAUACAUAUAUAUUUUUGCUUUGGUGCCAAGUUACCCGUCAUAGUGUGUGCAGGUUCAAAGGGAUAGAAGCUGUGUGUGAACUUGCAAAAUCCAAGUACUGUGAGAUUGUGUAUUUUGACUUGCCCUGAGGCUUGUCCCGCCCUCAGAGUGCUGCAGGUCUGUCCUCUGACUGUGAUCACGUCCUCUGGCACAGCCCAGCCUGAGAUGGAUGUGCAGAGCAGUUCCUUCCUACGAGCUCAGCUGAAUUUAGGAGCUGCAAAAGCUGGUAGUACCUACAAAACACAGCCCCAGUAGCUGCUGGAGAGUGACAGGAGUACUGUCAAAGGGUAGAAAGACCUGAAGUAACAGAAGAUUGAUUAAUUCUUUCCAAAUAUUGGCAAAAUGCUUGGAAAGGAGAUGCAAGAACCCACACCACACUUGUGUGUUGGAAUGUGACACUGGACUGUGGAAUG